UUGCCUCCGGAUAGAUCACAAACGGUUUACGGUUUUUGCCGAGAGCAACGCGUAGUGCUGUCUGGAAUCGCUUCGAAGGAAGCAGAGGAGCAGUUUUAAAACAGCUUGGAAAAAAGGACUUUCCAAGGGAGGGGGCGAAAAAGUGGUGGUCCCAAAACUGACAAAACGGAUAAUUAGUGACGAUAGUUGGUUGGACUGUUGGUGCUGCAAGAACUCCACCCCACCACCAUGCGGCACUUUUGGGUGUGCGGGCUGGUGCUGCUCGUGCUGGCGGUUUCGCUGACGGCGGCCCACAAAAAGGAGGAAUCGUUCGAGGAGAGCGGUGGCAGCGAACACGGCGCCGAACAUCACGGCAAAAAGGGCGAAAAGGCGGACAAGGGCUACAAGUCGAAGCACGGGCUGGAGAAGAAGGAAAAGGGCGAUCACGGCAAGGAGGAACACGAGUCGCACUUUGGGGAGGAAGGUGGCCACAAGAAGGAAAGUCACGACGAGGGUGAGGAGUUCAAGAAACAUCACGAGGAAAAGAAGGGCGAAAAACAUGGAAAGCACGGUCACAAAAAGGGUCACAAGAAGGGCUCGAAGACCACGGGGUACCACAAGAAGGCCCACAAGGACGAUUAUCACAAGGAGCACAAGUUCUACGAUGAUGUGCACAAGGAGGGCAAGCACAAGAAGUACGGAGACUUCCACGAGCACCACAUGAAGGAUGCUGGAGAGCACAAGAAGGGUGGUCAUCACGAUUCGGCCCACAAGGAGGACCACUAUGCCAAGAAGGGACACUCGGAGAAGGGACAUCACGAUGAGGACCACAAGGGCUGGAAGAAGAAGCAUGGCCACGAGUCGCACUACUCCCACAAGGAUGAUUACGGAAAGAAGGGGGGCAAGAGUGGAGGCAGCGAGCAUGGGUUCAAAAAGGGGGGACAUCACUAGAGUGGUAGUGAGUUUGUAUGAGUGAUUUGUUUGAAGGAUAGAUAAAUGUAAUCAAUUGUAAAACGUCGAUUCGUUUUUGUAUAGGAUUUUAAAA